GCACUUCAUCAGAUUUAACUUUUAACAUUAAUUCAUUUUAUAGAGAGAAUUAAUAUGCACCGGUGGUGGGCCAUAUAAAAGUAGUAAUUUAACUAAUAUGGAUGCUCAACUUCUAGCAAUGGUUGCUCCCCAAGUACAACCAUUGCCAAACCCCUAUGAUGACGCUGCUCUUUAUUUUGGGGAUACAGAAAUGGAUGUUGAACUGGAUAUUCAUACAGAAACCAUGUGUGAUGAUGAAAGAGUAUAUGAUAGUAAUGUUAUGGGUGCUGUUCCAUCAACUUCACAAGUAAAUGACAACAAUGUAACACAGCAAAAGACUUUAAUAAAUAGCCAAGCACAAGAUAAAGAGAAGGUUAACAAUGAAAAAGCAGAACAAAAGACAAUAAAAAAGAAAUGCAUUGCCCGUGGAUCCAUUAAAGAACAAUAUUUUAAAACUAAAUUACAAACUGCCAGACUAGAAAAAAAAAAUUUAAUAAACAGGGAAAAAAGGGAGAAUAACAAAUAUAAAAUAGAAAUGGAAAUACUUCAAUUUAGGAAGAGAAGAUUACAGGGUCGACCAUAGUAUUUUUGUAAAUUUAUCUAUAUUUUUAUAAACAUAUU